GCUAUAAUACUACAAGCGUUAUGAAAGCAUGUGUUUGUAGUGAUAAAUAUAAUGGCUCAUUCAAGGAAAGUCCAGUUGACUCUAGCUCUUCUUAAACCUGACAUCAUGCUUCACCCAGUGAGAGUUAAGACAGUCAAGGAUAUAAUUAUAGAUACUGGCUUCAAUGUUGUUCAAUCAAGAGUUUUAUGCUGGACAAGGAAAGAAGCUGAAAAGUUCUAUGCUGAGCAUGAGGGAAGAUUUUUCUACAAUAGACUUGUGGGCUUCAUGAGCAGUGGUCCGAUGACAGCCAUGAUCCUAUCACGACAAGAUGCAAUAUCAAGAUGGAGAGAACUAAUGGGACCAACACAUUCCUACAGGGCCAGAGACAUAGCACCCAUUAGCAUCAGAGCACUGUAUGGAAUAUCAGAUACAAGAAAUGUUACUCAUGGCUCAGACUCUGAUGAAUCUGCAAUGAAUGAAAUCAAGUUUUUCUUUCCAGACUUUGAUUUUAAAUCAUACUUGCAACAAUGGAAUAAAUAAUUCAUUUCUUUAUAGCAGGAAAUCCAAAACAAGACAGUAUCAAGCUAUUAUCUGAACUAUCUCUACUUUACCAACUUGCUUUAAAAAUUAUGAAGAAAGAAUUUAAAAAACUCCUCAAUACUUAGAUGUUAAUUAAGUAGAGCAGUUAAAUAGAUCAAAGGGAUGAGAUUGUAUAUCAUAACUUGGCGUUAGAUAAGCAGCUUGCAGAAGUAGUUACCGACAGGGUCACAGUUCAGAAAUAUAGGCAUUCAUGCAAUAGUAACAUAGAAUAGAUGCUGCUGUCAAAGUUUUUGUUGUAGUAUCUUUUUCAUUCAGAAAAGAAAGCUUGUUGCAUGUCCAAAGUGGUAAUAUGAGCAACAUUUGCUUUUCAACUUGCGACAAUUCGCAUGCUUUUACUGACUGCAUUACCUAUUUAUAUAUAUUUUUAUCACCAAUUUAUCUUGGAAUGACACAAAUCUAUGCCAACACAUGUUGACAUUAAUAAAGUGGCAAUAGAGUGCAAACAUAUCCGUGAAAUAUUAGUAUUACUAAAUUACACUAUUUUAUGCUAAUUCUAUUGUUUUCUUUUGUUUAACUAGGACUAUUUUGAACAAUUUAGUAAUUAGUGUUUCACGUACUGUUUAAAAAACGAGCAGGAGUGUUUUAUUGGGUAUAAAACACGAGGCGCAGCCGAGUGGUUUUAUAGACCCGAUAAGACACGAUCUGCAAGUUUAUUAAACGGCUUAGAAAACUUAUGAUGUAUGUUCUCAUAUUGUACCGAAUUCUUUACGAAAUGAACCAAGUUUGAUAGAGAAAAUCCAAGUUAAAGUUUAUGCAAAUGAAGACGAAUCUA